GCAUGACCUUGAACUCUUUAGUCUUGAAUCGCCUCUGCUCUGGAUUGACAUUUGCAUUUUGAUGGGAUACUGAUAUAAAAAUGUUGCGAUUAGAGAAGCUAUCGCAGCUGAUGCUUCGGCAGAAUCUCCACAAGGGAAUCGCACCACUGUACUGUCGUUGUGCUCACACCAAAGAACCACUGCACCCAGAAUGGAAAGCUGCCGCCUCAAAGGAACUGAAGGGCAAAAAAGACAUAGAUUCUCUGAUCUGGAAAACACCAGAGGGUAUUGAAAUUAAACCUGUUUAUACAAAGGCUGACAUCAAAGAUGUACAGGAUGAGGUACCUGGUCAUUUUCCCUAUACAAGAGGCCCAUACUCCACAAUGUACACAAAUAGACCAUGGACAAUCAGACAGUAUUCAGGGUUCAGUACAGUGGAGGAGAGCAAUAAAUUCUACAGAGAUAAUAUAGCUGCCGGUCAGCAGGGACUCAGUGUGGCCUUUGACCUUCCAACUCACAGGGGUUAUGACUCUGAUAACGAGCGUGUUGUUGGAGAUGUGGGAAUGGCGGGGGUUGCUAUUGACUCUGUAGAGGACAUGAAGCUGUUAUUUGAUGGAAUCCCACUAAAGAAAAUCUCCACCUCCAUGACAAUGAAUGGAGCCGUGCUUCCUGUGAUGGCCAUGUUCAUAGUGGCAGCAGAGGAGCAGGGAGCCAAACAAGAGGAGCUAGCCGGUACUAUACAGAACGAUAUCCUCAAAGAGUUCAUGGUCAGAAACACCUACAUUUUCCCCCCAGAGCCAUCCAUGAAAAUCAUUGGAGACAUUUUUGAGUACACCUCCAAGAACAUGCCAAAAUUUAACUCCAUAUCAAUCUCGGGGUAUCACAUGCAGGAGGCUGGAGCCGACGCUGUGCUAGAAAUGGCCUUCACACUGGCCGAUGGUCUACAGUACAUAAGAACAGGCUUGGAGAGAGGACUGGAUGUAGACAAGUUUGCUCCUCGACUUUCCUUCUUCUGGGGUAUAGGAAUGAACUUCUAUAUGGAAAUAGCUAAGAUGAGAGCUGCUAGAAGACUGUGGGCCACGCUGGUCAAGGAAAAGUUUGCUCCCAAAAAUCCCAAAUCCCUGUUACUUCGGGCUCACAGCCAGACCUCUGGAUGGUCACUGACAGAACAAGAUGCCUACAACAACAUAGUGCGUACUGUGAUCGAGGCUAUGGGGGCAGUGUUUGGGGGGACGCAGUCUCUACACACUAACUCUUUUGACGAGGCCCUGGGUCUGCCAACUCCAUUUAGUGCCAGAAUUGCCAGGAACACCCAGAUCAUAUUACAGGAAGAAUCGGGCAUACCCAAGGUGGCAGAUCCCUGGGGUGGUUCCUAUAUGAUGGAGAGUCUAACUAAUGAUAUUUAUGAUGAAGCUCUGAAACUCAUCAAUGAGAUAGAGGAGAUGGGAGGUAUGGCUAAGGCAGUGGCCUCGGGGAUGCCUAAGUUAAGGAUUGAGGAGUGUGCAGCCAAACGCCAGGCCAGGAUAGACAGUGGGGCAGAGGUGAUUGUUGGGGUGAACAAGUACCGACCUAAAGAGGAACAUCAGGUGGACGUACUGUGUAUAGAUAACAAACACGUGAGGGAGAGUCAAAUACAGAGACUGAACAAGACGCGGGAAAACAGAGACCAGAAAAAGGCUGAUGAGGCAUUAGCAGCCAUCACAGAGGCAUGUUCCAGUAAGAACGGAAACCUUCUGAAGCUAUCUAUAGAUGCUGCCAGGGCACGGUGUACGGUAGGAGAGAUCACACAGGCCAUGGAAAAGGUAUAUGGUAGACAUGUUGCCAGUGAUAGGUUGGUCAGUGGAGCUUACAAGACCGAGUUUGGAGAGGUGGAUGAAAUUACUCGGGCCACACAGAGAGUUCAGCAAUUUGCUGAGACAGAAGGGCGACGUCCACGUAUCCUGGUGGCCAAAGUGGGUCAAGAUGGACAUGAUCGCGGAGGAAAAGUUAUUGCCACAGGGUUUGCUGACUUGGGAUUUGAUGUUGAUAUUGGCCCAUUAUUUGCUACCCCUAUAGAAGCUGCCCAGCAAGCAGUGGACGCCGACGUCCACGUGUUGGGGGUCAGUACUCUGGCCGCAGGACACAAAACUCUCAUCCCAGAGGUCAUCCAGGAACUCAAGAAAAUGGGCAGACCUGAUAUUCUGGUGGUAGCAGGGGGAGUCAUUCCACCUCAGGAUUACGACUUCCUGUACCAGGCCGGGGUCUCCGCUGUGUUUGGUCCAGGUACAAGAAUUCCAGAUGCUGCCAUCAAGGUGAUAGAUAUGCUUGAAAAGAAUACUGACAAUACAGAUAAAGCUAAAUCUGCCACAGGAUGAAACUUUGUGGAGAUAUGUCAAAAAUGACACUAAAUUGUAAUAAACAUAGCUUCUAGCUGUCUUUCUAAAGUGGCAUGAUUAUUUGAGAAGACAACAAUGAAUUGAAUGUGUUGCAGUUUGAACCCUUAUCAUAUACUCUCAAGGAUGAUGUCAAACAUAUAUGGAAGCAUUGUCCUAUUGUUAGUCACUGAAAGGACAUAUUUAUGCAUGUUUGACAAAUUCGUCUUUUGUCAUGCCAUAUUGUGCAUAAUAUAAAAUGUGUCUUCAUUUUUGUGACUUUUUAAUUGUAUAGAACUGAAAAAUUCAAAGCCUUGCCUAAACUUUUACCAUGUUUGUUUUGUCUUUGCAUCACUUUCUCCCCCCCCCCCC